ACUCUUCCAAUCUCUCUUCUAAAAGAAAAGGAUAGAAAAAAAAAUAAUUAAAAAAAAAUCCAAAAAUCCCUCGCAUCACAACCGCUCCGAGAAACGAAGUGCAGGAUAACAUGAGUUCCCACAAAAUUGCCUCUCAUGCAGCACGUGCGAGCCCGAGCGUGGUGAAGGAGAUCUGCUAUGGACUGACCAUUGGCCUCAUCGCCGGGGGCCUUUGGAAGAUGCACCACUGGAAUUACCAGAGGAGAACCAAGGAGUUCUGUGAUCUGCUUGAGAAAGGUGAGAUCAGUGUCGUUGUAGAAGAGGACUAGGUUCUUAGCUGCAAAACACUUCAGAGGAAUAUCUCAUGGUUUGGUCUUGAAUAUGUCAUUUACUUGUACUGUUUUUGAAUUGUUCUUUGGCUGAUGUUGUAAAGUGUUUCAGUUGAAUAUCCUGUUCUGGUU